UGUUUACCGGCAACGCGUUGAAAAGGAAACGAGAAAGAUCAUCUGAAAUAUGUUGAGAAACAACUCAAAAUUAACUUCAGAAAGCGAUGAAACUUGUAUUUUCUGCUUGAUAGCCAACGGUCAAGACAAAGACACACAAGUCAUCAAAAAAAACAAUGAGCUGGUGUGUUUUAGAGACAUUUACCCUGCUGCUCCUCACCACUACCUGGUUGUACCCAUUCAGCACAUCCACAGCUGCUUCUCGCUACACAGGGGACACGUUGAUCUCGUUAAGAGGAUGGCUGAAAUGGGGAAAGCUGUGCUACAAGACCAAGGGAUCACUAAUAUGGAGGAUAUAAGCCUCGGCUUCCACCAACCUCCCUGUACUUCCGUCGAUCAUCUCCACCUCCAUGUGCUCACCCCUCGCAGCCAAAUAUACGAACACUUGAUGUAUAAGUUUAUUCCAAAGACGGACAAUUUUGUUACGGAAGAAAGUCUCCGGAAUCGUAUUAAAGAUAAAGCUCCCAUAGUAAAGGGAGAGUGGAGUGGACUGUAUAAACUAUCAAGACCAUCCAUCUUCUCCCGCUUAUCCGUGGUCGGGUCGCGGAGGUAGCAGUUCCAGUAGAGAGCCCCACACUUUCCUUUCCCUGGCCACAUCAACCAGCUCUGACUGGGGGAUCCCAAGGCGCUCCCAGGCCAGCGAAGAUAUAUAAUCCCUCCGCCUGGUCCUAGGUCUACCCCUUGGUCUCCUCCCAGCUGGACGUGCCUGGAACACCUCCCUAGGGAGGCGCCCAGGUGGCAUCCUAACU